CACUUGGGCCAUCACUCCCAUAAGUGAAAACAAAGAAGAGUAGGGAGAAGAAGGAGAAAUGGUGCUUCUAGAUCAUCUUUGGGAUGAUAUUGUAGCCGGGCCGCCGCCGGAACGUGGCCUCAAGUACCUGAAGAGGGAUUUCAAGCCAUUGAACGUCAAAGAUGCUGCAGGAGAGAGCAGUAGCAAGUUCCAGCGGUCUCUUUCGAUGCCAGCUAGUCCAGGAACGCCCGGUACACCGACCACUCCGUCGCCCACGGCGGCUAGGAGGGAUAACGUGUGGCGGAGCGUUUUCCACCCGGGGAGCAAUCUCGCCACCAAGAGUAUCGGAGCUGAUUACUUCGACAGGCCACAGCCCAACUCUCCUACCGUUUAUGACUGGCUUUACAGUGGGGAGACGAGGAGCAAACAUCAGUGAAGCGUUGGAGUGACCAGUGGUUGCAUGUAAAUAGCGUGUUCUUCUUCUGCUCAGUCUAUGCUUUGGUGUGGCUAAUGACGAUAUAUAGCUAUAUACGUCUAUGUAUACAUGAUCUACGGCGUUUAAGUUCUGGUGAUUUAACCAAGUUCUUGUAUCUUGUGGGCGACUGAGUUUGAGUUUGUAAAUAUCUUUAUGCAAAUCAAGAGAUCUUGACUGGUUCUUGUUGCAGUGCGUUCUGAAUUCCGAUCUUACGUGUAGAUUGGCUGCUGUUA